GUUAGAAUCCAUAAAUUAUAAAAGUAUCCCUUUUGUAGAUAAAUUGGAUUUGUCUUAAGGCAGAAACAAUGAGAGGUAGACAGUGUCCAUGUGUGUGCGUGUGCGAGAGAGAGAGAGAGAGAGAGAGGGACAGAGGAAUCAACUUGUGACAAGAAAUAAUUUUAAUUAGGAAUUCUGUUGAAUGUUGUGUUUGUAUACUUUUUAUAUUAGUUUGCAAUUUCUCAUCAAAAUAGUUUAUUUAUUUCUCAUCAUAAAUUAAAAGGUGAAAACUGGGCCAAUAGGCUAAAAAGAAUAAUUUCUUCAAAAAUAUUUUGGUUUUCACUUUAAGAUCUGUGCGUAAGUAUAAAAAAAAACUGUUACUUAUAGAAUAUAGGUUGAGGAUGAGAUUGGAAUAUAAAUAUGUAUACAGAGGAUGGGAGGACAACAGGGCAUGUGUCAGACUGUAUUUAAGGCCAAGAAUGGAAGUAAAACUAUACAUAAAUUUGUUUUCUUGUUCGUUUAACAAAAAAAAAACAAAACAAAUUUGUCAGACAUAAUGUUACAUAAUUAUAGCUUAUUAUUUAUAUUCUGAUAACAAAAUGGAAUCAAAUGCUGUUCAUUAACUUUACUCCUUCUAAAAAAUUCGGUGAAAGACUAUAGAUACUAACUCUAGAUGAUGUAAACGUAAUGGAAGAAACUAACAACUAAAAGAAUAAAUACUACGGUUACAUUGUUCGUAAAAUGUCAGUUUCACCUUGAGGACAUUUCUGUGUUAGGUCAGAUAUACAAACAACAUUAGCAGAGAUAAUGUGAAGAUGUUAUGAGAGAACAACCGGUUUGAAAAAUCACUAGAAUAACCGAACACGUAUUCCAGUCAGAGACAAAAUACCUAACCAAGCCAUUCUAAUUAUUUAUUUAUCAGAUCACUAGUAAUUUAUUGAUAAUAAACCUGAAGCGAUGAAAAUAACUAAGGAGGGCAUACUUCUGCUUGUUACAUCAAAACACUUUUAUAUAUAAUGAGUUGAAUGUGAAUAAAUUUUUUAGUCUCAACUUGCUGUCUUGUCCAGGGAGGAAAGUUUUGUUACAGUUAUGCUCAAAUUACACUUUUAUACCUUAUUUAUUUAAUAAAUCAGAUCCCAUUCUACAAAUACAAAUGAUUCAUUUAGACACUAUAUUAUGAAACUCCACAGAUAUGAACACAUUUAUCGAUUGUAAUUCAACGAGGCUCUUCAGAACGACCACUAAACUUCGUCUCUCCGGAAUGAAGUUGGAUCUUUCAAUGAGUAAAUGAACAGCCAUAAGCAUACUAAUCACUCACACGGCUACAUGGUUUGUAAUUGAUAUCAUGCUCUAAUACCUAAUACCUGAAGAAAGGUAUUGUUUUAGGAGCCCAAUUUUUCCGGAAAAAUAAUAAAUUCCUAUCACUUUUUAUUUUAUCAUAUUCAUUAUUGGUUAUUCUGUACUCUUUUGUAAGGAGACUUUGUAUAUUAUUGUGCAGACUACUUCUCCAAUAAAGUGAUCAGUUUUCAGCUAAUUCUUUUUCUUACUGUUCUUUAUUUACAGGAAUGUCAGAAUUCUCUUACGGAAGAUCUCUCGCUUAUGUUGAAUUUCCCUGAUUCCAUUUCAGAUGGUAAUCAGUCUUCAAACCACUCAUUGAAUAAUAACAAUAAUAAUAACAUCAGUAAUAACAACAAUAUUAUACAUCAUACAGAUGAAAUAAAAACCAACUUAACUUACACAAUUGAUCGAAUUUUGUUAUCGGAACACGAAUCACCAAACUCUGAUUUGCUAUUAAGUGUAUCAAAUCACUUAACUAAUACACUGACAGAUUCAAACCACACAAAAAAAUUAACUCAAUUUAAUUCCGAUAAUGUUGAUACGGGAAAUCAGAGUUACGUAAACAAUGAAUGGCUUUCUACUGAUCAGUUAAUUAAUGGCUCUAAUUCUACUAAUAAUUGUAGACCAACACAACCAUUCUUUUCAUCUUCAUUGGCUGAACAGUCAUCACUGUCUUCUUCGUCAUGUUCACAAACAGGUUUUCAAUUUUGGUUUAGUAUAUUUUAUAAACUUUGGUUGGAACAAUUCAAUCAAGUUCAAUCAAAACCAAUUGAUUUCAGUCAGUCUGUGUCAGGGAUGAGUUCGAAGAAAACAGAUGAAAUUCAGUUUAAAUCAUUUCCGUUUAGUAAUAACAUAAAUAUUCAUGCGGAUAACAGUAGUGAUAGUUUUCUAUUCAAUUCAUCAAUACAUCCUUCAGUGAAUACAUCGAAUGAUUUUCGGACGUUAGAAAGUUUUACAGAAAAUCUUUUUGUGAAACCAUCUCACAUGAAAGAGGAUUAUUAUCACCGAUCAGAUUCAUUGUCUUUAAACACUAAUUCUACACUGUCCCCUCAAUCAUGUUGUAUUACAAAUGAUAUCAGCAACAAUAAACGUAAGCAGAACGAUAACUCGAAUGCUGACUCUGAAUACAAACAACAACCCUUGUACAGAAUGUGCGAAAAUGGUACAAAUCUAAAUACAGCACACUUUAGUGAUUUAAAAAAUAUUUCCCAGUCAGUUUCUCAACCUCCUCAAUCAAAAACGAGCAACAGUCCGGAUAAAAAUGAAUAUGAUUAUGCUCAUAACUUAUUUUCAUUUCAGAUGAAUAAAAUUACAACUCCUUGUAGUAAUCCUUUGAUGACAAUAUUAACACCAUGUACGAAGAAAUAUAGUGAGCACCACUAUAAUUACCCACUACCUACUUCAAGUCACUCUCUUCCUUCUCAAUCGAUAACAUCGACUGAAAACUCAAAAUACUCAGUAAAUGUUGUACACAAGUCAUCGAUUUUAUCUAACUAUAGAUUACAUUCAAACUACUCAAGACUACGUGGAAAAUCCGUGAUUAGUGGUAACAUUUCAAACGAUAAUUUACAACAACGUGGGUACCGAGCUUUACCAUUCCCAUUAACAAAACGCGAUGGCCGCAUGCAUUACGAAUGUAAUAUAUGUCGCAAAACUUUUGGACAAUUAUCUAAUUUAAAAGUGCAUUUACGUACACAUACAGGUGAAAGACCAUUCCGUUGUGAUACAUGCCAUAAGGGCUUUACGCAGUUGGCUCAUUUACAGAAGCAUAAUUUAGUACAUACCGGUGAAAAACCACAUCAAUGUACAGUGUGCGGGAAACGUUUUAGCAGCACAAGUAACUUAAAAACACAUUUACGACUACAUAGUGGUGAAAAACCAUUUGCGUGUAAGUUAUGUACAGCCAAAUUUAGCCAAUUUAUUCAUCUAAAAUUACAUCGGCGUUUACACGCCAACGAAAGACCAUUUAUUUGCCCAAGAUGUCAUCAUAAAUUUCUCGAUUCAAAAGGACUGAAGCAACACUGGAGACGAGGAAUCUGUUAUUCUUGCGAAGAAUUACCUCCAGGUAACUGGAGUGAUAUGGAUGGUGAUGAGGAUGCCACUGAAACUCAAGUCAGAAAAACACCUUCUUCAGUAAGUUCCAGUAAUCACAGACAACAACACCACAAGCGUUCAAAUAGAAUUUGUGAUAUGGACAUUACGGAUGACAGUGAUAUUAGCCACAUUACUUCCACGACUACUGAUAAAGGAACUAAUAAAAGACGCCAUUUUCCCACAAAUAUGAUUCCCAUGUAUAUAACACCAUAAAAAUGUGAACGAGGUAUACCUCUAGUUCCUAGGUGUGAUAAUUCUGUGAAAGUUAUCGAAAUUGUCGUGAAUACUUCAAAACAGAUUUUUAACUUACACUGAAAUUCUAAAUGACACGGGUACACCUUUUUAAAAAUAUGGCUGUGUAACAUAAAAACAUAUUUUCAAUCCUUGAAAGAAAGACAAAACUUUUCCAGUCUUAUAUAGCUAAACAAAUAAUAUAUUCAAAUACCUAACUGUAUAUUAUUUAAACUAGCAAACAAUUGCGUCUAUUGUGUAAUUUCGGAGUGAAAUAUAGUAUAUUUUGUU